GAGCCCUUAGCACCGAAUCCCCUGCCCCACCCUCCCCUGCGCCAACCGCGGAGGUGUUCCGGGAAGAGCUGAUCUCGGGGGAGGCCGGGGACGCCGCGAAUCUCCGGUCCCCCGUCCCCGCGGCUGACCGCAGCGCCCUGCCCGGGGCCACUCUGCAGAGGCCUCGCCGGGGAGCACGGGCCGGGCACGGGGCCACCAUGUCCAACCCCUUCCUGAAGCAAGUUUUCAACAAGGACAAGACUUUCCGGCCCAAGCGCAAGUUCGAGCCGGGCACCCAGCGGUUCGAGCUGCACAAGAAGGCGCAGGCGUCGCUGAACGCGGGGCUCGACCUGAAGCUGGCCGUGCAGCUGCCCCCCGGCGAGGAGCUCAGCGACUGGGUGGCCGUGCACGUGGUGGACUUCUUCAACCGCGUCAACCUCAUCUACGGCACCAUCGGCGACGAGUGCACGGAGCAGUCCUGCCCGGUCAUGUCCGGCGGCCCCAGGUACGAGUACCGCUGGCAAGACGAGCACCAGUUCCGCAAGCCCACGGCGCUGUCGGCCCCCCGCUACAUGGACCUGCUCAUGGACUGGAUCGAGGUGCAGAUCAACAACGAGGAGCUCUUUCCCACCCACGUUGGCACGCCGUUCCCCAAGAACUUCCUGCAGGUGGUGAGGAAGAUCCUGUCGCGACUGUUCCGCGUGUUCGUGCACGUCUACAUCCACCACUUCGACCGCAUCGCGCAGAUGGGCUCCGAGGCGCACGUCAACACCUGCUACAAGCACUUCUACUACUUCGUCAAGGAGUUCGGCCUCAUCGACACCAAGGAGCUCGAGCCGCUGUGGGCCCGCACGGACCUGUGCCCUGCGGGCAGCCGGCGCCUGGGAGCCCCGUGUCUGCUUCACGACAGAUGGGGUCCCUCUCCAAUGCACGUGCCCCGGUUCCGGGGCCCCCAGGCGUGGGUCUCUGGCAAGCGGGAGCAGACGAAGGGGCGGUGGGUAGGGCUGCGCAGGAACCAGGGCAGGGCUGGCUUCUCGCCCCUAGAGGGCGUGCUGUCUCCGUGGGAAUUGAGCGGCUUCUCGGGAAUCACGUUAUCUGGCAACACCUUCUAA